AUAGUAAUUAAUAAGUUUUUUUCGCCAAAAGCAGAAGCGGAGAAUUUUUUCUAGAGGAAGCAUGAUUGAUGAUCUUGAUGCAAAAGACAAGACAAUCAAGACUCUUUUGUAACAUUUUUUUUUUUUUUCCUUUGUUCUUCUACUCUAUUAUUGAAGUUCAUGAGCAAAGCAAAGCUUCUUUACUUUCAACGAAGAAGAAGAAGAAGAAGAAGAACACGAUGAGAUGAGUGCUCUUGCUUAAAACUAAUGUAUCUCUCUCUGCUAUCUCCGCUUCUAUAACAUUAAUUCCUCGAUUUUGACGUCUCACUUUGUCCUUUUCUCAGUUCUAAAUUCCUAUUGCAGUCCCCGCCAUUCUCAUUUCUCUUCAAGCUCUGUUCUCAUUUGAUUAUAUUCAACAUACUUCUUUUCCUCUUACUAUGGCUUCUGUCAUUUCGUCAGUUCACUCUUCUCCAUUCUCUUCACUCUACUUAUCGCCUAACAAAAUUUCACCUAAUCAUGUUGCACUCAAAGCUCGAUCACAUCGCGCCACUAAUAAACUCACGCCGUUGCUGGAGACACCAAAUUCUCACCUCAAAAUUGAAUUUUCCGGCCAGCCAUUGAGAAUCGCCGGUUGGAGUCAGUCGAUUAGGCGACGAGGUUCCGUUGACUUUCCGGUCGUUAAGGCUGCAGCUGAUGCCGAGGGACACGUGGAGCCUGCUAAAAGCUUUGGUGAGAAAUUUCCUGCACUGGUCACUGGUUUCUUCUUCUUCAUGUGGUAUUUCUUAAAUGUAAUCUUCAACAUACUCAACAAGAAGGUUUAUAAUUACUUCCCAUAUCCAUAUUUUGUUUCGGUCAUACAUCUCUUAGUUGGAGUGGUAUAUUGUCUUGUUUCUUGGGGUGUUGGUCUACCAAAACGCGCACCAAUUGACAGGGACCUUCUGUUACUCCUGACUCCAGUUGCAUUCUGUCAUGCCCUUGGACAUGUCAUGUCUAACGUAUCAUUUGCGGCUGUUGCUGUAUCUUUUACACACACCAUCAAAGCUCUAGAGCCCUUCUUCAGUGCUGCUGCCUCUCAAUUUGUGCUCGGCCACCAAAUUCCUUUGUCACUAUGGAUUUCAUUGGCCCCAGUAGUUAUUGGUGUAUCUAUGGCAUCACUGACUGAACUUUCCUUCAACUGGACUGGGUUCAUCAGUGCAAUGAUUUCUAACAUUGCGUUUACCUACAGAAGUAUAUAUUCUAAAAAGGCAAUGACUGGCAUGGACAGCACAAAUGUGUAUGCUUACAUUUCAAUAAUUGCCCUCUUUUUUUGUCUCCCACCAGCAAUACUAAUUGAGGGUCCUCAAUUGAUGCAAUAUGGUUUCAGAGAUGCAAUUGCCAAAGUGGGAUUAGUCAAAUUUGUAUCUGACUUGUUCUGGAUUGGAAUGUUUUAUCAUCUGUAUAACCAGGUAGCCACAAAUACCUUGGAACGGGUUGCACCACUUACACAUGCAGUUGGAAAUGUGUUGAAGCGAGUUUUUGUCAUUGGGUUCUCCAUUGUUGUAUUUGGUAAUAGAAUCUCCACCCAAACCGGGAUUGGUACAAUAAUAGCCAUUGCAGGUGUUGCCCUCUACUCUCUCAUAAAAGCUAACAUGGAAGAACAAAAACGGAAGGCUGCUGUGAUUCCUGCAUCAUAAGGAAACAAAAUCUGGAUUUCAGACCAUACACAGGCAAAAGAGAUCUUAGCAUGGGAUUUUCAAAACCAAUUAUUGGAUGUUCAAAUUAGAGGGAAAGAAAGUUUUGGAUUAAAAACUGACAAGGCUUUCACAAUUGUAAAAAGAAUAAAAUGGUAUGCUGAUAUUUUACUGCAGUAUCAUAAUUACUGCAAUUUGAAGAGUUAAUACUGCAAAACUUAAAAGUUCUUGCAGAAUUCAUCUAA